GAGGUUGGAGGGCCUAGUGUAACUCUUAAUGUACUAGGGCAUCAGUGGUAUUGGGAGUACUCGUUGGCUAAUAUUGAGGGUGAGAGAGAACCGAAGGUGGGAGUAGCCAGAUUGUUGGAUGUAGAUAAUAAAGUGGUCCUCCCUUCUAACGUGUUGACUCGAGUUUUGGUCAGAGCUGGAGACGUGAUUCAUUCUUGGGCGCUGCCUGAAUUGGGGGUAAAGGUGGAUGCUGUUCCGGGUCGACUCAAUCAAGUAGGGGUUUGUCCUGGA